UAUGAUGUACCCUAGGCUCCAUCUCGACUCCAUCUUGUGUCAAUUUUCCACAAAUGGUUGUUGCAUGAAACAUUUUCCUCAACUUCUUCGCUCUAUUGGCUCCAAAGUUCACAUCCCAAGAUCUUUUGAUCCACCAUCUCUCGAAUCUUCCCUCGUAUAGGAGCCUCGGUCAUCCGUGUCUGAUGAUGUGCCUAUCUGUUGUCAUGACCUCAGCGUCGUGCUCAUCUCAUCGGUCAUACUGCUCAUCCGUCUGUAUAUAAAGGCCUAGAGAACCAUCAGCGACGGGACCACACUUCUUCCUCACUAACACCAGGCUCUACAACCGAAUAUCUGCUCCAAAAGCAUCAUGGCCGAAGAGAAUAUCUCAUACCGCCUUUCCUCCGCCACCGGCCCCUCCGGCAUAACUAAACACACCGCACCAAUCCCUUCCCCCAAAACCCACGAAGUUCUCGUCCGCAUCCACGCCGCGUCUUUGAACUUCAGAGAUUUUGCCGUAGCUCACGGCUUGUAUCCGCUGCCGACGAAGAAAGAGCCGAUUAUGGGGAGCGAUAUGGCGGGAGAGGUGGUAGAGGUGGGCGAGGGUGUUACGCAGUGGAAGGUCGGAGAUAGAGUUACGGCGAAUCUUGAUCAGGGGAAUUUAUACGGGCCUCAGUUGGACUGGAAUGGUGGACUCGGAGCCCCAAUCGACGGCGUCCUCCAGAACUAUCGUACCUUCCUAUCCACCGGCCUCCUCCCCAUCCCAUCUCACCUUUCUUACGAAGAAGCGGCCUGCUUCCCCUGUGCCGGCGUCACAGCGUGGAACGCGCUCUAUGGCGGUAUCCCGUUGAAGCCGGGUCAGACGGUGUUGUUCCAAGGAACGGGAGGAGUGAGUAUCAUGGGAUUGUUAUUUGCGAGCAAGGCCGGUGCGAAGACCAUCAUCACGUCGAGUUCGGACAAGAAGCUAGAGCUUGCGAAGAAGUUGGGGGCUACGUAUACGAUUAACUACAAGACGAACCAAGACUGGGAUAAGGAAGUCCUUAAGCUCACGAAUAACCGCGGCGCGGACCACAUCCUCGACAACGUCGGCAUCAACGAGAUCGAACGCUGCUUCAACUGUGUCGUGCCAGGCGGGUCGAUCAGUUGUAUCGGAUUUUUGGGUGGCGAACAGAAAGCGAGCCCAAAUGUGCCGAUGUUGUCGUUAGUGAAGGGUGCAUAUUUACGCGGGAUCAAUGUCGGAUCGAAACAACUGCACGAAGACAUGCUCAGAUUCACAGAGACGAAUGAGAUCAGACCGCAUAUCGACAAAGUCUUUCCCUUUGAGGAGACGAAGCAGGCUGUGGAGUACUUGGGCAAAGGGCAGCAUUCGGGUAAGAUUGUGAUUCGGGUUGCGCAGUGAGUGAUGAAUAUCGGUUCUGCCGCAAGGCCCGGGGAUUGUACGAGUGAUGGGGACGAGUAAAGUGUACGGUGUAUGUACUCUAUAUCUGGGAAUGAAUCGUUCAAGUUGUGUUUGCUCAA